AACAUGGCGGACCCUCUAGCACUGUUCGCUGGUGAUAGCGACUCCGACAGCGAUUCUAGCGACAAUGACGACGAACUGGCCGCUAAAAACGCACAGAAAACAGACGAGAAGAAACCGCAGACGAAACCCGCCAACGCGCUGCCCGACCCGCUGUCUUUGCUGGCCAGCACAGGCCGCCCGAGUUUUCUGGACAGGCCGCACGAGAGGGGGAUAGACUGGGAGAGGAGAACGGUCAAGGCGCCGGAACCGCCCCCAGACGAGGAGUAUGUGCCGUACUCCUACCGUGCAAAGGGUUCCGCCGCUCUGCCCGCCGUCUCCUCCCACACCACGACAGAGACCUUCGAACCCACGCCCCCUGCAGAGGACCCGACAUCAGAAGGAGACAGGAUUCAGAAGGAGAUGCGAGCCUGGAACUCCCUGUACCAGUACGAGCCCGAUUCGCUAGUGAACGUGAGUGAAGAAGACAAGGCCGUGGCCAAGCUGAUCGCUGAGGAGGCUGUUCUGGAGAACAUGGAGCUGAACGCUGCACAGAAACGGGCGGCAGAGGAGGACAGAGAAGCAGAGAGAGGCGCCUCCAGCAAGAAGCUGAAAUCCGAGACGUUCCGACACAAGGAGAAGCGGAAACGCGACCUGGGGAUGGCCAACCGGGAGAAGAGUUACGUGGAGGAGGAGAAGAGAAUUCUCAGACAGAGCUUUGGGGACACGUAGCAUUCUUACAAACUCACAGACUUUUAUACAGUAACUAGUCUUGUUAAAGCAUGUUUUACUGAACUCACAGACAAGAGAACUUUAGUCUAGCAUUUGGGACACAUAACAUUUUUACAAGCUGACAGACUUCUGUAAGAUAACCAGUUCUAGGGAAAUAAAGCGUGUUUUACUGAACUCACAGACUGAAGAGAAUACUCAGACAGAGCUUUGGGGUCACCUUUUAACCAACUCGCAGACUUUUGUAAGACAACCCUCUCCUAGCUUUGGGGUCACGUAGCAUUUUU